CACUGCCCUCCGUACCGGGUGUGUGGGUGGGUGCUGCAUGCUUGCGUGGCUGCAGUUGUGUGCGUUCGUGCGUGGGGUGUGCUGUGCUUGCCACUCACGCACAGAGAGAGAGAGAGAGAGAGAGAGAGAGAGAGAGAGAGAGAGAGAGAGAUGCGGGGAAACAUGAGAGAUCCUUUUUUUAGUCGUCGGAACGGUGAGCAGCUACGCGCGAAAGAGGACUUGGAUUUCGAAGGAAGGAAGGUUGUGCGAGUCGUCAACCGCUGAACAGGUUGUUGAGGGGUUUGGGAGAAAGUUACUGCUUGUGUCAGGGUGGCAUCUACGGAAUUUGCCAGAGAAAAUAAGCUGCAUCGUGCAGAUGUCACAGAGGGCAAGGGCAAAGGGAGAGCCCUUGCUGACUGGCCUUGGAAGUCCUCAUGACUAGAUUUUGCAGUUUAGUGUAGUUUUCGCCAGUGUGUCGUGUUUUGCCCUGCGGUGGUUCUUUGUUUUUGUGGUGAAAUUAUUUGCAAUUUUGCACUUUGCGAUUUCCCAUUUACUAUAACUUCGGUUAGCGUUUCACUCGCAAUUUGAGUGUUAUGUGGUUUCUUUGCCAUGAUGCACGUUCCGAUGAGCUCUUGUGACUGACCAAUGAUGACCGCGUUGAGCAGUCGGAGGUGCUUCUGAAAAGCUCCCUUUCGAAACAACUGCAUACUGUGCAGGGUAGCAAAGGAGAAGGGGCUGUAUAUUCGUUCCUAUGGUAGUCUGGGGGAAAGGUCGUCGAACACUCGGGACUGUUUCUUUGUCGUUGGGACAUAUGCUUCCAUGUAUGGCUUUGGAAGUGAUGGAUUUCUGACGGGGCUUAACGGGUAUAUGCGGACUAGGACUUUUCUGACUUAACCUGGCUGUAAUUGCAGUUGGAUACGUUAAAAAGGAAAGCACAAGUGUGAGUAUGCCCUUAGAAUCAACCUGUGGCUUUCGUUGCCUAUACUAUUAUUACGUAGUAGUAUUACACAGGGAGUCUGGCCAGAGCAGCAGUCCAGGUCGCAGACGGGCGGUGACAAACAAGUGUUUGAUGUGGGGAAGGAGUAGUAAUGGCAGUCUGAGAAGGCGAUGUUUAUCGCACACUGGCGAUGCUAAUGCGCAAGGCGAUGCGCAUCAGAGGGAGGCCACACAAAUAUAUAAAGGACCUAAGGUGACUGAGAUGAACCUCAAGAUGCAGCUUUGGUAGUUUGCGUUUUGCGUUUUGCGUCGCAGCGAACAUCCAUCGUCAUGCAGUGAUCAUUGGCAGGAAGGCUGUGGCCGUCUCCACGUGAGUAGUAGGUUGUCGUCUGUAACCAAGUUGCAUCUGGCAGGGGUGGGAGGCGGCGACGUUCAGUUGUCGGGAGGAAGCUUGAGCUGAGGUACACCUUUGAGGCGUCUCGUUGGAGUUUAGACCAUGGUAGCCGAGAAGGUAGUAGAGCACCGAAACCCCUCCUCCCGUGUGGGUGCUUUAUGUGUGUGGACUGCAAGCCGGACAUUGGCUAUUGUGGUAUCCGUAUCUGGUCGUGAUUGCAGCUGUGGUCUGCAUGUCAGGGAUCAAAUUGGUGAUGGAUCACCGUUGUGCCUCUGACGAUUGGGCUCGGUGUUUACGAGAGGUUGGCUUUCCGCUAGUCCCCUGAUGCCUAGGCAAUUGGGCGACCAAUGCCUGACUAGUGGUACGGCACACGGUUAGGAAUGCUUUUGAGAAGUUUUCCCACGGGGUGUCGUUGCCAGGCUUGAGCAUUAGGAGCAUGGACCAUGCGGUCGAGGGCCACAUUAUCUGGUUUCCACGCUAGCCUAAUUUGUUAGCUGCGAACUGGUUUCGACUUUGUAAGGGGAUGCGAUUGCAAGGGAGUGGAUGACAACAGCGACACCUGCCAGGGAAGACGCGGCAGAUUUUCCACCUGACAAGGGGGCGGCCAUGGAGAUGGCGGAAGAGGACCUGAUGCCACUUCUUCGACAAGCGUGUGGAGAUAUGGAUGUCGGGCAACUUAUACAUGGGGAGAAUUUCAGCUUGUUUGAGGCUAUGUCUGCCCUUGAAAUAAUGGAUCCGAAAAUGGAUGCCGGAAUGGCGACAGGUGGGUACAAGACGGUAGAGGAGGCGAUGACGCAUGGAGAGGCACAGAUCGAGUUGACGAUACCACAGCUCUUGGAUGUGAUGGACUAUGUGCUGGCAUGUGAGGCGACUUGGCAUAAUGGGCACUCCCUGGCCCAGACGGUGUUCACUUGCCUGUACCUGCACAAGCCGGAGAGAACGGUAUCCAAUCCUCUGCUGCACGCUUAUUGCCGUGCGGUGAGAGCGACGUGCGUGUUGCUCCGGAACUGGGUAUGUCGCGCUGGCAUUCCUGAGGAAGAGGAUUUUGCCACACACACUUUUGGGUUGCCAUUGGAUGUUGAAGGGGACGGGAGGUGCAUGUCUGGUAUUAAUGUCGUGGAGGAGCAGCUUUCACGGCAGCUUAAGGCUAUCAAGGGAGGUGCUCUCCUGAAGAAGAAGGGGCCAGACGAGGUUCUUGUGCCAACGCAAGAGAAUCCAGAGCUUGAAGCCUACUACUGCUCGGCACUUCUAAGCCGUCUCCGUUUCCGCAAGACGCUGUACAGUAUCCUGCUCCAUAUGGAGAAGCCUCAGGGGAGGGGAUUAGACGCUGCACAGAAACUGAUCCGGAGCAUUUCCGAUGAUUUGGCCUGCCUUAGAGAGUAUUCACCGUCUCUGAAGAGACAGGCUCCUGCUCCUACGAGUAAUGGUGAUGACGGUGGGGCCAGGAAUGGGCAGUCCAGCCCUGUGGAUAUGGAGGACAAGGGUCCUAGUGGCGAGAAUGAGAGGUCGCCGACAGGUUCUGGACGGCCGGCGAUUGGUUUCAACGACAACAUCAAUCGCCGGCUUUUGGCGCCGACUCCUCCGCGACCCAUUAGCAUUCUCAGCUGGGAGGAGACAUUGAGCCAUUUUGAAAAACUUGUCCGGGACUUGGGUUGCAUCUGCCAGCUUCCGUCCAUGUCCAGAUCUUUGCGAGAGCUUAUGCAGUUUUGCGUGGACUUUGGAAAAGUGCGGCCGGGACCAAUAGCCCGCUCGCUACUGCAGAUGCUUGUGUUGAAGGAAGAUAGAGUUUUGGGGCAGGAGCACAUGGGUGACCUGCUGUUCAGAGACAUGCACCUACCUCACGAUCUUCUGAGAGGUGAUUGCCAGAUGGCAGUGUUUACCAGACACACAGCAAAUGUGAUCGCGGCCCUUCUUAGAAUCCUGUGUGCGAAUCCGUCUCGGCAGCGACGAAGGCUUGGCAAAUUCUUGCCAGAUUGGGACAUUCUGAUUCAGGAGGCGGAGACGGCGGGCGAGAGCAAGGUGCUGAUGAGGCACAUGUUGAUGACCUUCCCGAAUGCGGGGAAUACCUGGUGGCGUGACAACGUUCUUGCCAGUUGGACGGUGGAACAAACCUGCUGGGUAAUCGUUCAUUACCUGAUGCUCGGGUUUGAGCUGGAACUGUAUUCGCCGUCAGAACUCAGCAUGGUCUACUGGUACCUGGAGAAUGUCCUGGUCAUUGCCAUCAACCAGCAGCUCACGAAAGAGCGCCACUUGUACGAACAUAGCGUCCUGAGUUCAGAACAGGAUUCGGCCUCAGGAAAGAAGAAAGGCAACCGAAGGAAAGGCGGGUCGAAAGGGAAAGAAUUCCAUCCAAGCAAUCAAGUUCUGCUUCUUGAAUGCUUGAACGGUCUUUGUCAGGGGCUUGUUCGCAUGAUCGCGGCGUUCACAAGGGACGACAAGUUCCGACCUAUCGAACCGCCGUUCAAUUCUGAAGCGCAGUGGUUCGAGCAACGGUUUGAACCGCUACACCGAGUUCGCUUGCCAGAACCCCUCCAUUACGCCGAUUACUUGAAGUACACGGACCACAGUAACCUGACGGUGAAGCAUCUCUAUCAGCUGGCGCACGAGUGUUUCCUGAGCGCAAAGCUGCGGCUGCGAGAGGUUGAAACUGGUAUUGCAAAGGAUCCGCAUUUGGCAAGCUAUCUGAAAGCUCAGCGUGUUGCGGAGGUAAGGAACAUGGAGCAGGUGGCUACGGCAAAUCUCUGGGCACUUAAAAUUGCACUCUUGUCUGGGCCGGGGAGCGAUCUCCAAGCAUCUUUCAACUUUUCUAAGCAUCCAUGUUUUGCUGUAGCGGUGCUGAAAAAGAACGUGGGUUGAUGCUUGCCGUGCCUGGAAACGACAGCGUUUGCAGGAUGGUCGACUUGGAGUGUAAAUCUACAGACGUGAGGAUGGAUGUUGUCACGGCCAGGAGUACAUAUUGGUUGGGCAAGCCGUUUGACGCCCAGGCGAAAUGGAGGAGGGGAUGAAUGAUCCUAUCUCUGGAUCUCUCUCUGGGUCAUUUUGGAUUGAAUUCAUUGUUGUUACUCUUCUCAGUCAGUGCAAGAUUC